AUGGCAAGCAAAAAGCGUGAAGUCCAGCUACAGGCAGUUGUCAAUAGUCAGAACCUGUGGGAUGAGAUGUUGCUGAAUAAAGGCCUAACAGUGAUUGAUGUUUACCAGGCCUGGUGUGGACCUUGCAAAGCAGUGCAACCUUUAUUUAGAAAACUGAAAAACGAACUGAAUGAAGAUGAGAUUCUUCAUUUCGCCAUUGCUGAAGCUGACAGCAUUGUGACUCUGCAGCCAUUUAGAGACAAAUGUGAGCCUGUAUUCCUCUUUAGUCUUAAUGGUAAAAUUGUUGCAAAGAUUCUGGGUGCAAAUGCACCACUUAUCUAUAAAAAGGUCAUUUACUUGAUAGAAGAAGAGAGGAGAAUUUCAGCAGGUGAAAUGAAUCGUCCCCAGUAUUCGGAAAUUCCACUCGUAGACCAAUCUGAUGUAGAGCCCGGGGAAAUGCAGUAUGACAGUGGUGGGGAAAUUUACAAUAUAGUUAUUUUCAGACCUGAUGCUGUACUCAGGAGAAAAAAUAUAGAAAUUAAGGAAAAAAUUACCAAAGAAGGAUUUGUCAUAGAAGUACAGGACAACAUGUUUCUCCCCGAAGUGCUAGUGAGGGAUUUCUAUGGUCAUUUAGCAGACCAGCCGGACUUUGAAGAGUUUGUAUCAUUUGUCACACGUGGCAUAAGCUGUGUGCUCGUUAUAUCUCAAGGAGAAAAAGAAGUAGAAGAAGAUGUUAUCCAGGAAGAAUCUCAACCUCAGUCUGAAGCAGAAGAGGAGGAACCAUCUGAGCAUCCAGAAGAGACUCAUGUUAGGUUUUCACCUGUGAUGCUAAAGAAGAAAAGGGACAGUUUGCAAGACUAUUUGGAUAGACAACAUAUAUCUGAGUUUUGUGAUAUUGAGGAUAAUGUAUCUAAGGUUUCUAUGAUAAUUGACAUAUUAUUCCCUGAUUUCAAAACCAUGAAAAGCAUGAAUGUACAAAGGACCCUGGCAUUACUGCGGCCAGAAGUCUAUGCGGAAAAUAAAG